UCCACAGCACAGGGACAAGGCUCACAUCUAACAGGCUGUAACGUUUCCAGUGUGAGUGUGCAGUCCUCCUGGCAGAGGAAGGAGAGGCCCCCAGGGACCAUGAGUGAGAAUGGCCCUCACACAGAGGCGUCCAUGUUCUUCGAGGUGGAGGUGGACCCCCUGGCGCGGGACGACGACGACGAAGAAGAAGAAGACAAGAUCCACUUCGACAAAGACGACGAGGACCUGAUCGCCGAGCCGUCGUCGUCCUCCGGCCGGGUGUACGACCGCACCACGGUGCUCAUCGAGCGGGACCCCAUCCGGCUGGACGAGGAGGGCGAGGAGGAGGGCCACUGUGGAGGGGACGAAGACGGCGUCACCUUCCUCACGGUGGAGGGCGAUGGAGACGAGGAGGACGGCUCUCUGGCCUUCAUGAGCGACCCUGACGGCAUGUCUCAGGGCUACGUGCACCACACCAUUUCUCCAGACCAGAUCCAGUUCACCAUCAACCCUGGAUCCACCCCGAUGCCACGCAACAUCGAAGGGGCCACGCUCACCCUGCACUCUGAGUGCCCCGAGACCAAGCAGAGAGAGGUGAAGCGCUACCAGUGCAUGUUUGAAGGCUGCACCAGGACAUACAGCACGGCGGGAAACUUGCGAACACACCAGAAGACGCACCGGGGCGAGUACACGUUCGUGUGCAACCAGUCGGGCUGUGGGAAGGCCUUCCUCACCUCCUACAGCCUCAAGAUCCAUGUACGUGUUCACACCAAGGAGAAACCCUUCGAGUGUGAUGUGCAAGGCUGCGAGAAGGCCUUUAAUACGUUAUACAGACUAAAAGCACACCAGAGACUUCACACAGGCAAGACGUUCAACUGUGAAUCAGAGGGAUGCACAAAGUACUUUACCACGCUCAGCGACUUGAGGAAGCACAUUCGCACUCACACGGGGGAGAAACCGUUCCGGUGUGACCACGAUGGCUGUGGCAAAGCCUUUGCUGCAAGUCAUCACCUAAAAACACACGUACGGACACACACAGGGGAGAAACCAUUCAACUGCCCCAGCGACGGCUGUGAGAAGACUUUUAGCAGCCAGUACAGUCUGAAGAGUCACAUCCGGGGCCACGACAAGGGCCAGCCCUUCACCGUCACCCUCACCCACCCCAUCUCUGAAGAUGCAAAUCACUCCCUGUGCCUCAGUGACUUGAGCCUCAUCUCAACAGACUCGGAGCUACGAGAGAACCUCCAUAACGCUCAGAAUCUGGACCUCAGCAGUGUGACUCCUGUGAAAAUCUUUGAGCUCAUGUUCCAGAGUCCUGAAAACAGUGUGAGCCAGGACGAAGCCCGUCCCAACGAGAGUCUUGGUGAAGCGUUGAGCCUGGAGACGGUGGCUGACGGCUCCUCUCUCAUCUCCUUCUCCCUCCAUCACACCUGCUCAGCUGCCUGUUCCCACACAGCUGCCGUCAUGGAGGCUCCUCCUCCUCCUGCCCAGAGCUCCUCCUCUCAGGCCUCCUCCUCCACCGCCCCCGCCUCCAUCACAGCUACUGUCACCUCCACACAGCCUCCUCCCCCGUUCCUGCAGGUCCCGGGGCCCCAGCAGAUCUCAGACGUGCCUGCCCAAGCUGCUGUCGCUGUCCAAGCAGCCAACCACGUGGCCCCGCAGCACUUCGUGGCUCUGCCGCCAUCAUUCCUGCAGCCGGACGCCGCCGCCGCCGCCCAGACCGCUCCUCUACCGCCAGCCGUCUCCGCUGCUCCUCCAGGAGCUGCAGCACUGACCGCCACAGCUCCAGGCCCCGCCCCCGUCUCUGUUGUUGCAGCCGCUGCAGCAGAAGUUCAACCCGUGCCUUUGGCCACUAACCCCGCCCCCAACCCCGGCCCCGGCCUGGCUCCGCCCCCCGCCACCAUCACCAUAGCGCCCACGUCCAACCUGCUGCAGCCCGGCCUGGUCAUGUCCGACCAGAACCUGCAGUGGAUCCUCAGCAGCGCUGCAAACAGCCAGCAGAACCCAGAACAAACGCCACAAGGAGCUCCAAAAGUGGAAAAGGUUUUCUUCACCACAGCCAUACCAGUGGGAGGAAACCCUGGCAACUCGGUGCAACAGAUCGGCCUCAGCCUGCCCGUCAUCAUCAUCAAACAGGAGGAGUCCUGCCAGUGCCACUGCUCCUGCAGGGACGCUCCUAAAGACACCAACAGCUCAAAGAGCACCUCCUCCUCCAGCGUCUCCACCCCGGCACAACCACCAGACCCUCCUCCUCCUCCUCCUCCUCUUCCUCCUCCUCCCCCGCCUCCAUCACAACCCCUCGAUCCUCCACUUCACCCCGCCUCCUCGUCUUCUCAGUGCUGCCUCCCCGAGUCUUCCUCUAAGGUGGGUGAGGUGAGGCUGGAGGCCCCCCCCUCCUCUUCCUCCUCCUCCUCCUCUUCCUCCUCUUCAGCUCAGACUUUCUCCUCCCCCGCCAACCCCCCCUCGUCUGACGGGUUAGCCAACAUGGACGUCUCUGACUUCCUGUCGCUGCAGAGCCCCGAGACGGCCGCCAACAUCGAGGCUCUGCUGCUGGUUGCCGACGACUUCAACAUGGCAACGGACGGCAACCCUUAGAGAGUUGCCGUCUUUUGAGUCUGUUGCUCCCACUCACCCACCCACCCACCCACACCUCCAGUCAUUCUGCACAGCGACGCCUCUUCCGUCUCCUUAUAUAGCAUGAUGUGUAUCAACCCCUGGACCUGCAGCGCAUUCUGUUCUCUACGCCAUCCUGCAACAUUUAUACAUUUAUAUAUAUAUAUAUGUAUAUAUAUAAAAUAUAUAUAUACAUAUAUACGGGUCAGUGACAAAUAAGGCAAGGUGUCAAAUGGUGUAACCACAAAAAAUGAUAAAUAUUAAAUACUUAAUCCACCUACAUUGUAUUUAAUAUUUUUAUAAAUUAGUGGGCUUAUACAUAUAAUUACUUAAUUUUAAAAAAACAUCUUUUUUUUUUUUUUUUUUUAACAUUUCUACAUUUACACAUUUUCUUCAAUAUUGAGCAGAACAUAUUCUAAAUACAUCCAUACAUUUUUGUCCGCUUAUCCGGGGCCGGGUCGCGGGGGCAGCAGGUUAAGCAACCAAUUUUUUUUUUUUUUUUAAGUGUUGACAAAUUACGUAAAAUUUGUUAUAUACUAUAAUGUUGCAAUGUAAACGUGGAUUGUAUUUUUUUUUUUCUCAUUUUAGUUCACAUUUAUUUUCCUGUAAAUAAUCUGAUUUUUAUGGGAAGAAAAUUACUGGUUACACCAACUGACACUGGGUUAGAUCACGUCAUUGACCCAUAUAUAUGUACAUAUAUAC